AUGGUCACGCUCCACCUACGGUGCCUGACCACAGUGGAGGCUGCCAACGAGGAGACGCACCCCUUGGAGACGAAGUGGACUUUCUGGUUCGAUAACCCUGAGGGAAAGCAACAUCAGGCGCAGUGGGGCAAAACUUUGCGGCCUGUCUACACUUUUGGCACCGUGGAGGAGUUCUGGGGCCUGUACAACAACAUCCUGCCGCCCUCCCGCCUGGCGGUGGGAGCCGACAUCCAUCUCUUCCGGGAUGGCAUCGAGCCCAAGUGGGAGGACCCUGCCUGCGCCAACGGUGGCAAGUGGUCCUUCCUCAUCCCCAGGGGGGGCUCUCCCUCGGCUGCCCAACUGCUGGACACCAACUGGCUGCACGUGAUCCUGGCCUGCAUCGGCGAGCAGUUUGACGACGGCGAGGAGAUCUGCGGUGGGGUGGUCAAUGUCAGGGCCAAGCAAUACCGUAUCGCGCUGUGGACCCGCACCGCCGCCAACGAGGCGGUGCAGGUGGCCAUCGCCAAGCAGCUGAAGGAGGUCCUCCAGAUGAGCGACCACGCCAAGAUCGGCUUCAUGGCACAUUCUGAUGCCAAGCAGUCAAACAAGCCCAAGGACCGCUACACCGUGUAA